AUGGAAAUAAAGAGGCAAUGGGCAUCUGUAGCUAUAACUUUAAAUUCAUUGGGAGGAGCAAACAAAGAUGGGCAAGGUUGGGCUAAAUAUUGGGCAGAGAAGAAAUGUGCCUUGAAAAAAUUGUGUGCUCAGCACAGCAAUUCCAUGAGACGCACUGGUGGUGGUUCUGCUGAUGACCUGCCCAUGUUAUCAGACUUGGAUAAGAGAUUGAUGGCAGUUAUGGGUGGUCAAGAGUUUGCUGUUGGAGAUUCUCAACUUGCAGUUGAUCCUUUUCACCACACGCCUUAUAAAUACAUCUUUAUACUCAUAUGUUUGUAA